AUGCAGGAAGAUAUACCCACAACACCUACUAGAGACUCCCCUGAGAAUGAUAUUGUAGAUGACAAUUCUUCCCUGGUUUUAUCACCAGAAUACUCAGAUGAUAAUCUCAACAAUGAAGAGUAUCCAAUGAGAGGCUAUAAUCAUGGUUUAUCGUCUAAGAAAAAGGCAGAUCAAAAUUUAGUAAAUUUUAACUCAAUGAAGGACACUACACCAACCAUUCUAUUCGUUGAAAAGAGCAUGACUAGAAUGGCUCCAUGCGAUCGGCAAAAACUUUUCAAAGAAAAUAUGGAAACCGUAUCUGAUAUGUCUUUAGAAGUUGGUAGGUGUGAAAAUAAUCAGGCUAGUUCUAAUCCUCUGAAUUCUCCCAUGAAACAAUCGGAAGUAACAUCAUUAGAACAGACAGUAGGGAAAACAUUAGAACAACUUGAUGUGAAUAAGCCAUUACUAUCGAAGAUAGACGCUAAAAUGACGAAACAAUCCCAACAAAAUUUUAAUGUAACAUCACCUGAAAAACGUAAUAUUAAGCGCUUGAAUAGUGUAGAAGAAGGACUGGGAGAAGGUGAGAAGAUCACAACAAAGAAACAAAAAUUAGACUCACCAAUAAGCAGUGAUGAAAAAAGUGAGAAAUCAAGUGAUAAUGAAAAUAUUGAGCCUCCAGCAGUAAUUGAGAUGAUUAAUAAUAACACCGAUUCAACACCAGAAUUAGAGGCAGGAGUUAUUAUGACUAAUUCUGCCGAGACUCCAAAUGUCUUUGACUACCAAAACUCUAGUCCUAUAUCUAGUAAUCAUAUGCUAUCACCAAUUAUACAACGUGAAGAAGGACAUUCUUAUGACAGCAAGAUUGGCAUUACUGAGGAUGAUGAUAAAGAUGAUGAUGAUAACGAUGAUUCAGAAUUUAAUAAUAUGAUAUCGAAGAGAAAUACAGAACUGAGUAAUGACAUACACCAAGUUAAUAUUAAGAUGAAUAAUUUAGCUGUUGAUUAUCAAAAAUUAAAUAAGAGAUAUUUGAACUAUCAUUCAAUGGUUAAUGAAUUACAAGAAGAUUUAAAAGUUUCGAAGAUGAAAAAUGGAGAAUUACAGGUGGAGAGUAAUAGUCAAAAGAAAAUGAUUGACCCAUUAAAAACUAAACUUCAAGAAUUUGUCAACGAAAUUAAAAUGAUGAACUCUAAUCAGAACUUAUUACAAACAAAAUAUGAUAAUAUUUGUUCAGAAAAUGAAAUAUUUAAAAAGGUACAAGAGGAGUUAGAACAAAAGAUAGUAACUCAUCAAGGAAAGAUUAAAGAGAAUGAUACAAUUAUCAAAGUUAUGACAACUGAAAAGGAUGAAUUACAAUCGAAGAUGGACAAAUAUAUAAUUGACAUUGAAGAAUUACAACAACAGAAAGAGCAUGCAGAACUUGAUGCUGAGAGCUAUAAAAGUGAACUUGAAAUAAAAAAUCUAAACUUACUUGAAACUCAGCAAACUUUAAAUAAGACAGUAGAUUCAGAGAAAAGUAACUCUGCUGAUCUAUUACAGAAUAUUAAACUUUUAACUGAAGAAAAGGAAGAGUUACUUUCCAAAUUAGGCAACAUUGAGAAGAAUAACGAUAAGGAAAUGAAGGAAAUGAAGGAUAAAGUAGAAACAUUUGAAUCGACUAAUAAAGAGCUUCAAAGUAAAAUUUAUGCAUAUACUUCUGACCUAGAGACAAUCAAAGAGAAUAUGGAGCGUAAGGAUCAAGAAAUCAAUACAAUUAAGAAACAACUCGAUUCUGCAAACGAUGAAUGUGAGGUCCGUGUUGCUGAAGUCACUGAAUUAAAUAUUGAAAUUGAAUCUCUGAAAGAAUCUAAAAUUCAUUUAGAAGAAAGUAAUACUAUACUCAAAGAAGAAUUGAAUAAAAAAAAUCUUAGUUCCAAGGACGAAAUUGAAAUUUAUAAGAAAGCAUCUAUUGAACUUGAAAGUGUACAAUUGAAAAAUAAUAACGUUGAAUCGCAAUAUCUAAAAGAAAUUGGAGAAUUGCAAAACACUUUAGCUACUGUUGGUGAUUCUCUAGAGAGUGCACAAAAACAAACUGAACAAUCUGAAGAAGAGAAUAAGAAAUUGAAGGAAAAAAUUGAAGAACAGAAGAAUAUUCUGUUUUCGAAAGAGGCUACAACUUCCGAAAAUAAUAUAGAUGAUCUUAAUAAACAAAUUUCUGAAUUAAAAAAGCAGUUGGAAAUUGCUACUGCUACCACUACGCAAAUAGAUCAAGGUACAGAAAAGAACGAUGUAGAAGAAUUGAGACAUCAAAUCGACAAUUGGAAAUUGAAAAUGGAAGAAAAAGAGAAAGAUACAAAUAAGAGAUUAAGAUUACUUGCUGAAGAUUUGUACCAUCAAUAUUCCUCGAAACAUGAGCAAAAAGUCAAGAGCUUAAAGAAGUCAUAUGAAAAGAAAUAUGAGACCCAAAUCGAAAAAUUGGCAAUGGAUAAUCAAGCAUUGAAGGAAGAAAUUGAUAGAAUAAAUAAACUGUUGCAUUCAGAAAGAGAGGAGAAAAGAGAAUUAUUAAGAACAAUGGAGAAUGAAGCUAAUUAA